AUGGCGCACAUUGCAGAGCAUCCUCUGCGCCUAAAGAGGAGAAAGCUUGAUGAUGAUUCUCAUGCGAAAGAAGAGGUGACUUUCACAUCUGCAGCCCAGCUUAAGGAAGUGCUGGCUUUUCAACAGAAUCCACAGACAACCAAUAAAGGAAUUAUACAAUUCAAGCAUUUUCUACUGUCAAUUGGCCAGCCUGGAAAGGAGACGGCCAAGGCCCAGAAAUUGCGCACCCUAAAAGGCUACUGUGACAAGCAAAUCACCCCGGGCAAAGAAGAAGGCGCGGCGUCCGUCUGCUUUUCCGAUAUCACCCAGACCUGGAGCUUUGGAGAGAGUAGCAACCACGAUCACUUGCUAACCAACGUCCCUUCGGUGCUUGCCAUUUUCCUGAAGACUAUCUCCCAUGAGUUGGAGUUUCGGGAAUUCGGCCUUGCGUUAUGCAAGCAUCUGCUGCAAAAAGAUCAAUUGAGACUCUUCAAUCGAGGUCUGACUGCUCUCAAGUCUAAAGAACAUCUGAUCUCACCAUGUCUUCGUCUUCUCACAGAGAUAGUUACUUUCGAUGGCGGCGCAGUGGCCCGACAAGUAUACAAUCUUCGCCACAUAACAUUUAAGCGACUUGAGAUCUUCCUGACACCCAGCAAGGCACAGCUGGAGACUACCGAUGAAGCACAAAAGUCAACUUUGAGACGAAAUGCUCAGCGCUACCUACUUGCUCAUUUGAGGGUGCAGCAUACCCUGGAAAAGGGUGAUCUGGUCGAGCAACACAAGCUGACCCGCGCUUUCCUCGAGCACUUAAGAAAAGAUCCGAGAGAAAUAGUUCUUGAAACAAUCAAGGCUGUUGAAAGGGACAUUGUGCAAGAUUCUUCGUUAUCUCGCAAGUCCAAGAGCAAGUUUUUCAACCGUUGGAACAUGGAGAAACUUGUCACACUCUAUGGCUAUGAUCGAGAGUCCGACGAACCAAACCCAGAAGGACUUUCAAUUACGACCGAGCUUCACCGUGUUCUAAUGACUAUUUGUAAGACCGCUGGCCUGGGUGUUCUGCUUCCCGAGACAGGAUGGUAUCCCGUUGGAACUGACCCAGAGAGUUUGCCCGCCGACGACGACACUUCUAUUGAAUUGGGUCUCGACUCACCCAUCUACAUCGAUAAAUAUAGGGAUUCCAUUCCUGUCAGAAACAACACACUAUCCCAUCUCAUCCAAUGUCUUCGCGCCGAUGUGGACAUCUGCCAGACCGAGCUGCUAGAGACCAUUUUCACGGUGGCACCAGAGUUGAUCGCUGACUUCUUCACCAAGAAAGUCAUGUUUGAGGCUGACCCCAAACCAACCACUUCUUGGAUGGGAGAUUCUGCUCUUCUUUUCAAGGUCGUGCAGCUACCCAUCCCGACACACUGCGGUUGGAAAGACAAACAGCCCAUGCUGCCACCGCCUGUCUCAAUUGUCAUCGAAAAUAUUCUCCCUCGUCCUCUUAGCCAGAAAACAAUGACCCGCUGCUUGAACAUGAACACUGAACUUGUCACUAUCUUUUCUGUGCGAAUUUUGACCGCCGCGUUUAAUAAGUUGCGAGCCGUCCUGAAGAUUUUCCGGGGAGACCAUAAGCGAACUCAAUUAUUCUGGAAUCAGGCGUCUUCCAAGCUUCUUGCUGAGUUUUCGCGAAGGUGCCCUUCGGUCAAGGAUGUGGUUCUUCUUUUCCGCCGAACUGCUAAGGAAGAUUUGAUGCAACAAGAAGCCGUUGCAGAACUCUUGACUUGCUACUACGAAGUGAUGCCUGAUAUUGCUCUUGAAGAGAACUUUGACGUUUCGCUGGUUCUCGUCGACGUAUUGAAGCGACUAGAAGAUACAGAGCUCAGCGCUGAUGACUCUGAACUACUCCUGAGCCAAUUGCAGAGCGUUCUUCAGAUUGCCUCCCAGUCCGCCUCGCUUCGAUGGUGGCAACAACCAGCUAAUAUGAACUACUCUCCUUUCACAUCCAUUCUCAAGGUUCUGAUUGAUACCUCUGACAAAGUUUCGUCACGGAAGAUUUCAAUACUUCUCCGGUCCAUCCUGGCAGAGAACUCCGUUCUACAAAAUGCUCCUCGUGCAUUCAAUGCUCUUUUGUCCAGUCUGGAAGACUCCGAAUCCGACCUGAAUCAACAAUUGGUCUUUUUCGACAAUUGCGUGUCUCGAGUCGCCAAGAAGCCUGUUCAUUAUCUGGAUUUAGUUGCCUCUCUGUCUGACGACGAAACGGCCGUAAGCCCCAUUGUCGCUGCCAUUGUUGAACAGUGGCCUUUCAUUGUCAAGGCAGGAGAUGAAAAGAAAGAAAAGGCAGUGGCAUCAUGGAUCGCCAAAUUAUUAGGUCACCUGAAGACUGCCGGUGAAAAUACCAAGGCGCUAAAGGCUGCUCGGGAUGCUCUUAUGGAGGCAACCGAAAGCAAGAAGAGCCGCUCUCUGCUUAAGAAAUGUCUGAAGGACGCAGAGGACGCAGAGGAAGAGGACAAGAUGGAAAUUGAUUCCGCUGCUGUCCAGACAUCUGCAACUAGCAAAGCACCAACAGUGGAUCUUGAUGAGAUCUUCGGCUCUCUUCCUACAGAGGGCACAACACACAAUGCACUGCAUAGAUGGGAAAGGGAAGAGAUCGAAGCAUCUAUUGAACAGGGUCGAAUUGCCGAACUCAUGCUCUGCCUUUGCUCCGAGCACGAGGAAGUUCGAAGACAGGGAUUUGCGAACAUUGUUCGCUUCAUGGCCAAGCUGAAGGAAUCCUCUUACUCCGAUUGGCGCUCCGUCUAUAUUCUUACCGGUGAAUUGCUCGAGACCGUGAAUAUCAUUGGUCUCGAAAAACCAGUCCCCUGGAUUGUCGGCGAAUGCGCCGCAAACUGUCUCUCUGUUCUUAUCAACCCCCUCCACAAGGCCUACGGCAAAGUCAAUAAGUUCCUACAAAAGGCACCAACCUGGGAAACGGACAAGAUCCCGUCUUACUGGAUUGACCGGAUCCUCAUGCAUGAACCCGAAUUAGACGAUGGCUACUUCGAAGAACUUGACUGGCUUCUGAGCAUGUUCGUGAAAGGCCUCCGCAGCAAAGCUGAUAUGGAAGUCUACCGUCGUGCAAAUGUGUUCGAGCGUCUUCUCUCUCUUUAUCAAUCGCCUAGUCUGAAUGAGUCGGCUCGUCGGAAGAUCUUACAUAUCAUCUACCGUGCUGCCCAGGUAGGCGGUAGCACGACGCUAAUCACCCGUGCGGCUGUUAUGAGCUGGAUUCAGGUCCAAGCCGCACAGGUGGAGAAGAGCAAGGAUACUGCACUGCUUGCUGCUCUUGCGCAAACGCUUUAUGAUACUUCUGAUCGUGAGCGAGUCGAUGCAUGGAGUACCGGGACAAUCGAGCGAGCCCUUGAGCAGAUCACAAAGGCUUCAAUAUAA